AUGAUUGCGCGUCCAUUCAGCUCGUUCGCGACAAACACGGUCGCAUCCGUCGCUGACAGUCUUUCGAAGACGAAUGAUACCAUGGAAAAAGCGGCUUCCGUUGAGGAUCAUUUGAGCGAGGCGCGAGGUUGGAAAGACUUUGCAGAGAAGUUGGGAUCGCUCAUUAGCAAAACGGGGCAUGAUGAUGCGACUGUCGCUGAAGGCGCCGCCCAUGUCAAUGGUCCGAUGGGCAUUGCGACCGCUGCCAAAGGCGCCGUCCAUAGCGAGAGUCCAACGGGCAUUUCGACUGCUGUCCAAGAUGCCGUCCGUAGCAAUUAUCCGUUGGACAUUGCGGUCACUUACGAAGGCGCCCUCCAUAGCGAGAGUCCGAUGGACGUUCCUGCUAUUUACGAAGGCGCCAUCAACACCGCGAGUCCGACGAACAUUGCGACCACUGGUGAAAGCGCCAUUGACAUAGCGAGUAUGAUGAGGAUUGCGACUGAACCUUAUCAUGAAGUCCCUAUGAGCAAAGAGGCCCUAGAGCGUACCGAGCUCUUCUGGGACGUUGCCAGAAGCGAGGAAUUUACUGACGCAAAGGCACUCAAACAUGUGCUACAGCGGUAUGGUUUUCAUCCACCACCGAGAACAAGAUACGCUCAGAUGAUGGCAAGCGAAGUAGUCGACGCGACAGACAAAGUGGUCGACAGAAGACAGGCAAAGUGGUCUACACGACAGGCAAAGUGGUCGACACGACAGGCGAAGUGGGUGACACACCUGGCGCAGCAACCGACACGAAAAGAGAAGUAG